GUCUCCUUCCUUGUUCCAAUUUCUGUUUGAUUUUAUACGAAAUUUCCGUUGAUAUCGAAGAAAUAUCGAAUACCCAUGAUUCAAAAUUUCAUCUUUUAGGCGACUGAUUCGUCAAUUUUCGAUUUUCCGGUGAUUUCUAGGGUUUUCUGUUUUGGUUUAAGGAUUUUUGUAGACUUUCGUUGCUGCUACGUUUUUGAAAGGGUAAUUUGAAGGGCUUAGCUUCAAAAAGGUACUAAGGUUGCAAUCUUAUCUAAGAUGAACAGUCAAAAUCCUGAUGAUCAUGAGGACACAACGGUUGUGGGAUUUGAAGUACCUGUAUCGCCAGUUUCAAGUUACAACAAUAUGUAUUCCGCAACUGAAGAUGAGACAAGAGAUCCUCCAGCAGUACCGCCACACCUUCAACACUCUCUAUUAGGCAAUCCGGGUAGCAUGGAACUGGCUUAUGCGCCACAAAAUGUCGUCCUAAACCACCUCUAUAUCGAAAACCGAGACGCCCCAAGAUCUGUUGUAGCACUCGGUUUUUCGCAUCGGUUCAGAUCUAAGUUUGUCACAGUAGUGAUAUACAAGCCUGUCCAAAGAAGAGGUAACGCCAAUGUUUAAAUGAUGAUGCCUCUUUUUAAGUAGUGUUGGGAACUUGCUUCUUUAUGGAUUGAAUUCGGUAUACAAAACCAUCUACUCCAGACUGAAUUUUCUUCUUCUCUUACCGAUUCGAUUUAGACGGUUUCUAGGUAAUUCGAUUGAAAUCAUCAUCUUGUUCGAAGUUUAUAUAAAAUCUACUUGCACUU